AUGGCGGAUGUGACGUCCGCGCGCAGUUCGCCCGCCCCCGAAGCGUGCCCAGAGUGCGAUACUAGCGCCUCCGUUACUUCCGACUUGCAUAAGUACCAAGUGGCGUGCACAUGCAAACCGUCGACCGCUCAGUACGCAUGCGCUGAUGACCCCGGCCCCCCGCCCCCGGCGAAAACGGACACCCCCCCGGCUCUGCCACCGCGUCCACCCACCAGCGUCCUGGCUGCCACGAACCGACGGAACAAUGCGUCGGUUGGAUGCAACGGCAAUGACAACUCCUGCCGGCGGAGGAAGUACGCCUGGUGGUGUGUGGGAUGCGGAGCGCUGGCUGCGGCUCUGGGCGGUCUACUCGCGGCGCAGCACAUCCUGUUGAGGGCAUACACCGCCUCACCCCAGCAUUUGGAAACGGUGCCGGCAGCCGUGCCAGCUGCUAUGUUGGUGCUGACGGGCGUAUGCAUAAUGAGCUUGGCACGGCGGAGGAACCGGUACAGCUAUAUGGUAAGAAAAAUAAAAGUGGUCGGCGCUUGCUGCCUGGUCUGUGCGUUGACUUGCGUGUUGGUCACCAUCACAACGACUGUCAUUCACAUGAACAAGUUGCAGACAUUGAAGUUUUGCGAGUACACGAAACUGACUCGCACUUGCACAUGUUAUUCCAUGUCCACUGACUCUCAACACAGCGGAUCGGAUGAAGAUGGAGUGCGGUGCGUGUUCGAGGGCGUGUCGGAGUGCGGUGUGGUGCACGGAGCGCUGUAUUGGUGCUUACGCGGCGUGUUCGCGCUCUCUGUCAGCGCUGUGCUCGUCUGCAUCUUCAGCUGCAUGCUGGCCUACCAGCUGCUCAGG